UAUAGAUCUUCUUUUAUGUGAUAAAAACAUUAUUAUUCAUUGUCAUCCUAUAUCGUGUUUUCAUUCAAUGUUGAUAAGAAAUGUAAACCGACUGACCUUCACAUAGCAGAGUCAACGUUAACAACACAUAUUGCUACAAAAGGCGCUUCUGCUCAUGAUGCAAACCAAAUGCAAAACAAAAAUCCAGUUUCUGCGCGGCUAAAAGCAAAACCGGAUCUGUAUCAAGCGCUGGUACCAGAAACUAAUAUAAAGUGAUGAUUCACAUCGAGCACCGAAUUACUACCAUUCUGCGGAUAGUGCGAGGUGAACAUCUAGUUCCACAUUGCAUCUAUAAUAUUAAAAUUUCGUAAUUUAUUUCGCUCCACAGAAUGGCGCUUCCUCAGUUAUUAGUAUUCACGUGCUUUUUGUUGCAGCUCAUCUUAGCCAGUGGAACACAAGAUCUGCGUGAGCAAUAUGACGACAUCAGUAUCCUUCAGAGGCGAUGUCCGUGUGUUCCGAUCAACACCUGUCGCACGCAAGUCAUUAGUUUGAGUGAACAAAACUACCUCAACAAUUUCUUCCGCUGUCCAGAUGAAACCCUCAGUCAUUGUUGUGGUUCUUAUUUCUCCACUCUUGGUGAUGAUGAUUUCUACUUCGAUGGGCGGAAUGGAGAGAAAGUUUUUGUUGUUAUGGCGCAACCAGUGACCACCGAGAAACUCACCGCUUCUGCUGUUAUAACAGUUCUGCCGGAAGCCGUGCCCACGACGACAGUUAUCGCCGAUACAACUCUUGAAACAACAACUUCUGAUGCAACUGAACCUUCAACAACGGAAUUCACAACAACUACGGAAAUGUUCACUGCUACAGAGGUCAUCACAACAGGGGCUUCUGCAGAGGAAACCGAAACUACAACAGCUGCUCAUGUGACGACAAUGACAGCUCCAACUAAGCGACGCUUUCGGAAACUGUUAAGUAGAAUUAAAAACACGUCCACGUUGAAACCUCGAAAACCAUCAACAUUUUCUAGCACAACAGUAGCAUCCCAAACUGGCCAUCGAAGUACCUCUACGACAACGGAACGAAUUUGGACCAUUCCAACUCGAAAAGCGCUUUACAAUCCAGAAUUUCGGAAACGAUACCAUGCGGGACGGUUUCAACAAGGACGAGACGAAUAGGCUUUCUCAUCUGAAAUCAACUGUCUCGAUGUGUUCAGUUAUUGUUAAAUAUUUUAAUGGUUAAUAAACUUACACAACUGUUACAAAUUGA